CUUCCGUUUGUACCCAAAAAUGAUGGAAUUCCCACCUUGAUCACCAAAUCGCAUAUCUCGACAUUUCAUUCGUUCAACCCUCAAAACACACCCUUCCGGACCCUUGCAAGCUUCAUAGUAAUGGAGGUGUUAAGAGCACAAUAACAGGAUAAUAUUCUGCUAUUCAACACACUUUCCCAUCAACGUCUCCAUAACUUAUAUGCAUUAUCUCUGUGACCGACAUCCCACGCGUAUAGACGGUAGCUUGGUAGCUUAGUAGCCAACAAAUCGUCUCGAUACAUCAGCAUUUCUACUACUUAGGGGAAAGUCGAAUCCCAUCCGUGACAAUUUACAAUCCCGAGUGGGCAGCAACUAGGUAGCACGUCAUCCAUCCCACCUAUUCUCACAUACCUUCUCUAUACAUUUUCGUACAACAAGAUGUUUUGGGUAUUAAAUACCAUACCCCCAAGGCCUACAGUCCAGCCGAUAUGCCAUCUCCUAUCUAUAAAUACACGGCAAUUUCGAAAAGCGACUCGGUUGAACCGGUCCUCUCUGCAUCACCCAGUAGUCCGUUGAUCGGCGACGAUAAUUCGUUGAGCUUUGAGUUGUUAGACCUGAAUGCCGGAAAGUUGGCGAUUCCCACGCUCCCUCGGCUCUCAACCAAAAUGUCUUAUCAACCACUCGCAUCAGAUGACCCGGAGGACCAGAAGUCUUACGGAUCCUUAGAUGCAACACCUAGCCAGAGCCCUACGGCUUUACUAGGCGAAACGAUUCGCAUCGAGGAUCCCGUAGUAGAGAUAGAAAACCCCUUUUUAGACACGGAAACCACAGAGUACUGGCGACAGGUCUACGAAAAUUGUCAAUAUGAAUGCAGGCAUGUCUUCAAUCCAAAGCUGACCUGGUCGGCGAGAGAAGAAAGAGAAUUGAUCCGGAAGCUUGACUGGAAAGUCUGUUUAUGGGCGUGUAUCAUGUUUUUCGGCUUACAAGUAGACCGCGGAAAUCUCUCUCAAGCAGUAUCUGACAACAUGCUGGAUGACUUAGGUCUAGAUACUAACGACUAUAACUAUGGGCAUUCUAUAUUCUUGGUAUCUUUCUUGCUUGCCGAGCUGCCUUCGCAACUUGUGUCAAAAGCCGUCGGUCCGGACCGUUGGAUUCCCAUGCAGAUGGUUUUAUGGUCGUUCGUCGCUAUUUCGCAAUGCGCCCUGACCGGUCGUGGUUCCUUUCUACUGACCAGAAGCUUACUUGGGUUCCUUGAGGGAGGAUUUAUACCCGACCUCGUGUUAUGGCUGUCGUACUUCUACACCUCACGUGAGCUGCCAAUACGACUCAGCUACUUCUGGACGUCGUUAUCAAUCACGGGAAUCAUUACCUCUUUGUUAGCCUUUGGGCUUCUACAUCUCAGGGGCGUCCUCGGAUGGGAAGGUUGGCGAUGGCUCUUCUUAGUUGAAGGAUUUAUAACUCUAUGCAUAGGACUAGCGUCCUUCUUCAUGAUGCCCGCAUCUGCGGUACAAACCAAAACGUGGUUCCGCCCGAAAGGCUGGUUCACCGAACGAGAAGAAGCGAUCGUCGUGAACCGGGUGCUUCGCGAUGACCCCUCCAAAGGAGACAUGCAUAACCGGCAGGCAUUAACACCUAGGCGGUUAUGGGAAGCGUUGAAGGACUAUGACUUGUGGCCGCUAUACGCCAUCGGACUCUGUGCUUAUGUGCCUCAAUCACCUCCGAAAACCUACCUUACCCUUACGCUUCGGUCACUCGGGUUCAGCACGUUCAACACCAACCUCUUGACCAUCCCGGCAGAUAUCAUACAUAUCUUCAACCUCAUUCUGCUCACGAGGCUGUCUGAAUGGUUGAACGAACGGUCAUUAGUGGCUAUCGUGCAGCCUCUUUGGACUUUGCCCUGUAUAAUUGCGUUACGAUUCUGGGUAGGGUUAAUUGAAGAUAAAUGGGGUACAUACGCGAUCAUGAUGGUUCUUCUCUCUUAUCCAUAUUGCCAUGCAAUACUGGUUGGCUGGUGUUCCAAGAAUUCUAAUAAUGUCGGUACGCGGACAGUUUCGGCAGCCUUAUAUAAUAUGAGUGUCCAAGCGGGCAACGUAUACGCUUCUUAUAUCUACCGUGACGACGACAAGCCUUUAUACCGCCGGGGGAAUUCGACAUUACUCGUGAUCAACUUGGUUUCUAUCUUGAUAUUCUUAUUAACGAAGCUCUAUUAUAUCUGGAGAAACAAGCAGAAAGAACGCGUAUGGAACGCCUUGAGUGAGGAGCAGCAGAUUGAAUACAGGAAGACGACAAAGUUACAGGGUUCUAGAAGGCUUGACUUUAGGUUCGCUCAUUAAUUAGAAGGCGAUAUGUCUCGAUGGUCCUUCGAAGAGAUACCUAGGUACCUUGAUAAUAAUGCGCCCCUUUAUAUAAGUUUUCUACUCCGUCGUUAUAUGUUGUAGAUACCUGUCUUGAUAGGACAGUUUACUGGGUCGCAGCGUUAUGAGGUAGAAUUUGCAAACCACGUAAAGAUUUC